AUGGGAGGCCGUCGCAGUUUCGGGCUGCUGCUCCUGCUGCUGUGCGUGGCUGUAGCUACCACGAACGGAGAACCAACCACGGAGACGCCCUCGGCUCUGCUGCCCCUGGAGGCGCGAAAUGCCGAUGGGUCUGGCGAGGAGGACGUGAUCUCCACCAGCUAUGUGCUACCCAAUCAGAUUUUCAACGAAGGCAAACCAUACUAUCCCCGUCAGGAUCCGGUCUCCGGCCAGCUGGACUUCAGUGCCAAGAAGCCUGCGGGAAUCCAGCCGGAGGCCAAUGAGGUCUUGGAUCCCAAUGAAAAGGUCGUUCUGAGUGGAGCCAGUUCGCCCAACAUCCAUGACUUCCUUAACCUACCCGUAAAGUACUCCUCGUCAAAGUUCGUCUAUCCUUUGGUCUCCAGUUCAUAUGCCAACUUGAAGUACCAGGGAAGCAACAAGAACUACAUCACGAACAAGAAGCCCACCUCGGUGGUGGCUCCAGUCACGCCGCCGCCGCCCAACUAUCACAGUUCCAACUUCUUCACGGUGCCCACCACCAAGCUCACGGCAGUGACGCCUACAGCGGGAGCUUAUUAUCCCGGCAGCAGCAGCAGCAGCUCCACUACGUCCACCACUACAACCACCACAACAACGACUACUCGGGGAACGUUGCCGCCCUCAAGGAGGCCGGUCAGCACCACCACAACCACAGCCGCAGAGUCAACGAGUCCGGCGACCAAGUACACCACCACCUCGCGACGGCCCAUUCCAGUGCACACAGCCUCCACGACGCCGCAACCGCCUCGCACCAGCACCACCCGCAGGAAGUUUGUGCCCACCAAGAAGUACAGUCCCACCGUACCCGUCACUACCUCCAGGCCUCUGCUCACCCAGGAGGAGCAGCGUCCAGUGAAGACAGCCCCGUCUCCCCGGCCUACUCCCAGCAGCAGCGACGUUGCCUUCACCACACACCACGCCACGCCGCAGGCCGCUAUCUUCCCAACAGAGCCAACCACAACCACCAAGAUGUACACCACCUCCAGCACGAGUCCGCCUGUGGUAUUCACUCAAGGUCCGACGCCACCGCCCGCCUUUAGUCCCAUUCCGGGAACUGGAACUCGUAUUCCCAACCUGGAUCCAGCGGAUGUUUACCACACGCUGGGCCAGAAGAACACGCAGGCCGAGGAACAGCAGCAGCAUCAGCAACUGGAGAAGCAGCAACAGCUGCUGCAGCACCAGCAGCAACUGUUGCAACAGCAGCAAUAUCAAGAGCAGCAGCAGCAGCAAUACCAGCUGCAACUGGAAAAGCAGAAGCACCCAUACCAGCAGCAACUGGAAAAACAACAGCAGCAGCAGCAACAGCAGCAACAUCAUCAACAGCAGCAGCCCGUGCCGCAGCCUCAGCCACCUAACCACCCACAGUUGCCGACUCCUCCCAAGCCACCAAUGACGCUUAGCGAUAUAUUCAACAGCCUCGCCGAGGAGGAGUCCAAUGUGGCGCACAACUACCAGCAGAACCAGGGAUUCGAUGCCCAGGGCAACCUCAUUGAGCCGAUUGCACCAUCCAAGCCAUCGCCCUUCGCCAUGCAGCAGCCAGGAUCACAACAGCAUCAGCAACAGCAACAGCAGCGACCAACUAAUGCCAACGAUCAGAAGGUGAUCUCCGGCAGCCAGGAGAACUACAGCAACGAGUAUGUGUCCUACCAGGUACAGCAGCCGAAUGUGAUGCAGUACCGUCCCGCGCCGGGGCAGAUCAACAACGUGGUCAUCUCGCCGGGGCAGCAGUCGGCCUCCUUUGUGCUCGGCAGUCAGGUGCAGCAGGUGAGCGUGGGCCACCCAAGCGUGGAGAAGGAGACGAUGUUUGUGAAGGACACGCCGGGUGUGCAGUACGGUCAAGUGAUUAAUGAGGACAUUGGCAACAUCAAGCGACCCAUGAAGGAGCCAGCGGUGCCCACCAGCUACCAGCAGAUGCCGAGCUUGCAGCAGAACUCCAACUUCCAUCAGAAUGGUAAUGUAGCUACACCAGGAGCCACUGGAGCUGUGUCCUACCAAGAGCCACCGCCGGAAGCUCCCAGUCCGUACCAGCAGCUGCCUCUGAUCGGCUCCAACAAGCGACCAUCCAAGAAACCUGUGGCAAAGCCGGAGCAGGCCAAUCAGGCUUAUCCACCCCCACAGACCUCGACGCCACAUCAACCACAACCUACGCCGCCAGCAGUGGACGCACACGUAGAUGAAACCAAGGAGCUCCUGGUCUCCACCAACAUUCGGUUCCCUGCACAGGGAGAAGAGUCUGUGGAGUUAGCUUCCUCGGCUGUGAUGCCAGGCCCUCCUGCUGGACCACACAUCAACGGCCAUGCCCAGCCCCUUAGUCUCCAGCAGAUCCAGAACUCCAAUCCAGUUGUUUUCCCCAAGGUCAAGGAUGAAAUGGGUCCCGGCAAAGUCAACGUGCAGAUCCAGCAGCACGAAGUGCUCAACCUGAGCCAGCAGAAACCACCAUUGAAAUUCCCUGCUCAGCAGCCUGGACUUGGCCAGCUGCCAUCCCGAGACAUGGAGCCACCGCCACAGUACCCAACCACGCAGCAAGUGCCCCAGGCACCACCCACUCCUGGCAAGCGACCGCCAGCAGCUUUCUACAACGAGUUCAACCGCAAGCCCCAGAAUGGACCGCGUCCCAGCAACCUGCCCAAUAUCCUGCCGCAGUUCCGACCGAACGCUAAGAUUUCCAGUGGACAUCCGCCGGCGUUGAAACAGGAGGCGGGCAACAUCCGGCUGCCCCAGCAGGCCGGUCCUAAGCGUCCCUACAACCCCUCCGUGCCGCCACAGUUUGCUCAUCGUCGCCAGCCCUUGCACCAGCAGCAGCUGCAGCAGCAGAUGCUGCAGAAAAGGUAUCCCAUGAACCGCAUCUCGGAGUAUCCCGUGGGACCCAGUCCGGGCGGUGAUGUGAAUAGGAGGGUCUAUAGGCUGCCCCCAUAUGGCGGCCAGAAUGUUCCCUACAUGCCUGACCAUAUGUAUCCACGUCGACCCCACGGUCCUGGACCACUCAGAUCCGUUGACGGUUAUCCCGCCGAGCGCCACGCUCCUUCGGCUGGUGGAGAGCCCUACAAGACAAUCGAUGCCGAGACAGCAGCUGACUUCGAGGAGGAGGAUCUGGUAAUCAACGAUCCGCCACAGCCCGUGACCCCCGGCAAGGAUCGCAAGAGCGUGGAGGAGACGAAACUGGAGCCAGUGGUGACACUCCAGAUGCUACAAUCGCAGAAGAAAGCCGUGAGUCUGCCCGGCGAUGAUACCGGAGCCGGGGAGAUCCAGGUUACGGCCGAUAACGAUCCACAGGAGGCGGAGGCCUCAAAGCUCAGCCAGCAGAAGUUGGAUCCUAGCGGACUGUACGUUGUUUUUCCAAUGAAGGGCUCAGAGAAGGGUCAGCCGGAGGGAGAGGCACCAUCAGCCCCGGCUGAGUACCAGAAUACUCCUUUCUCUGUAAUCCGCGAUCAGCCACAGGAGCCGAUCCUGAAGAACAAAAAGCCGCAGUCGCUGCAGCAGCAGAACAAGGCGCAGCAGGUACCUAAGGAUAAGUUCCCCUAUCCCAUCGAGAAGCCAGAUCCCUCGUACUCAGAGCUCAACCCGGAGUCGCAGGGUGCUGUUCCGGGAGUACUCAUUGCUCCUAGAAUUAUUACGGGAGCCCUCGGAACCGGAACGGAAACGCCCAUUGCCAUUGCCUAUACGCCCACGGAGCCCAGCCGUUUCCGUCAGGAGCAGGGCCAGAAGUUCUCCAACAUCAAUCUGGCCACAUCGGUGAUCAACGAAAUCCGCCAGGACACCCAGACGGAGGAGGGUUUGAGCAGUGACUUCGAUCUGCGCGGCCAGAACUUCGAGAAGGACUUCAUGGCGCCCUUCUAUCCCAGUGUAAGUCUGGGCGGAGCCAGUGGAGCUGCUUCCAUCAACCCGGCGGCCCCGAGUAACUGGAACAUCUUGCCCUCGACCACGGAUCAGGCGAUCUACGAGAAGAACAACAUAAACAGGGCUGAUGUCGAGACUACGGAGGACAAGAAAGUGGAGGAGGAGCAGCCCACGGCUAGUCCGCUGACGGCGGAGAAGAACUCCGAGAUGGACAGCUUCCAGCCACAGCUACAAGGUGGCUUCAAGCCCAUCUAUCCGCCAGGCUACAUGCAUGUGGAGCAGGUGGAGCAGGAAGAGAUAGCUGGUGCCAAGAAUGCUGCCUCAAAUCAGCCACUGGCCCUGGCACUGGUGGGCACUACAGCAAGGCCUUCCACAUCCGCUGCUCCCCUCAGUAGUAGCUCUAGUUCUUCAUCUUCCUCUACAUCCACAACCUCAACAACAUCGACGACUCAUCAGCCCGGAAUAACCAAAUCGGACAGCACAACAUCAUCCACCAAGGCCCCAGUGGUCAGCACGAAGCCCACGCAGCGCAAGAAGUCCAGCUUCGAGACGAGCCUGGCGGCGCUACUCUUUGGGGACGAGGACGAGGAGGAAGGAGCCCGCAAGUCCGCCGAGCUGCCAAAGCCCCAGGCCCAGGCCGGGCCCAGGAAUGUGCCCCGCAUGGGUCCCCGGAGUCUGACGCUUAGCUAA